CAUAAUAAAAUUUUUGUAGGCCCCUCAACAAAUUCACGUGAUUGUAGUUCCAUUACGGAAUAGGUUGUUGCAUGCGUUAACAGCCAUAUGUGUGUUUUUGUUGCUUUGUCUCCUAAUGUCGAUGGAUAAUAUGGCUUUAGGACGGAUUAAUUGGGUCUUAAUUUGUUUAGUCUGUGAAAAGCGCAUUGUUCAGUUGAUAAUCCAUGGCGGAAUGUCAAUACCGACGCGACAAUGGUCAUAACUGUUGUUAGUCACUGGGGGACAAUAUUCAUGCGAAGGAAGAAAAUAAAAAUACGUGGAGAAACUAAUCCAAAACAAAAGUGACAAGACGCCGAAUAAGAUGUCACCCUUAGAUGAAAAUUGCCUCCCCAUAUCUCCCCGUCAGUAGUGGUGUAGAUUUCAUUCAUAGUUUUUUUUUUUGUUUUUUGACACUCAAACACACAGACACGAAGGUCAUACACCACAGAGGCCAGAAUGUCUGUCAGUGGCCUCUGUUGAAUAUUUGUGGCACAAAUCUUUGCCAGUUGAAAGACAAGACGAGACGGCAAACAAAACGAUUAAGAAAAAAUAAGAAACAGUUGAAAUGAAGGUUCCAAGCAGUAGCCACGUAGUGUGAAAUACUAAGGCACAGCAAAUUAUGGAUUUUUCCAUAAUUUUUUUAAUACUAAGUUUUUGUGUAAUUCUUAUUAAAUCGAAGCGUUUUUACUUGUGGUAUUCGAGCAAAAUGUAUAAAAAGGUUAAGGACAGUGAAAAGGUUAAAUAUGAUCCCGUCCAACAUGACCCGCAGGCGAGUGUUAUCGAUGGCUCCGGUCGAUGUUAUCCAAACUGUGAUUCUAGCGUGUGGCUAAGAUCGUGUGUAAAGGAAAUAAUUGAACCUCUGGAAGGACAUGUCAUUGGCACCAUACCCACAUGGCUGAAUGGCAGCCUAUUGCGUAACGGCCCUGGCAAUUGGAAGGUCGGCGAUAUGACCUUUCAACAUUUGUUUGAUUGUUCGGCGUUGCUGCAUCGUUUUGCCAUUCACAAUGGUAAUGUCACCUAUCAGAAUCGUUUCGUUCAGACGGAGACAUUGAAAAAGAACACAGCUGCCCAAAGAAUUGUGGUGACCGAAUUUGGAACUGCGGCCGUUCCCGAUCCAUGUCAUUCAAUUUUUGACAGGGUCUCUGCAAUAUUUCGUCCAGAUAAUGGUUCAGAUAAUACAAUGAUCUCAAUAUAUCCCUUCGGGGAUGAAUUUUAUACGUUUACCGAGACUCCGAUGAUUCAUAGAAUAAACCCCCGCACAUUGGCAACCGAGGGUCGAAUAUGUGUUACAGAUUACACAGGUGUCGUGAAUCACACCUCCCAUCCACACGUUAUGUCUAAUGGCACGGUCUAUAAUUUGGGUAUGGCAUCAACCAAAUCCGGUCCAGUCUACAACAUUAUUUGUUUUCCACACGGCGAGGGUAUGUUUGAAAAUGCCUAUGUGAAGGCACAAAUUCCUUGUCGAUGGAAACUGAAUCCGGGUUAUAUGCACACUUUCGGCAUAACCGAACAUUAUUUCGUAAUUGUGGAACAACCCUUGUCCGUAUCGUUACCGGAAUUUAUUAAGGCCCAGAUCUUUAAUCAAAAUACCUCAGCCUGCCUAAAAUGGUUCGACAACAAGCCCUGUCUGUUUUAUUUGGUUGAUCGGCGAAGCGGUGAAGUGGUGCAUAAAUUUCAAUCCGAUCCAUUUUUCUACCUCCACAUUAUAAAUCAGUACGAACGCGAUGAUCAUGUGGUCAUUGAUAUUUGUUGUUAUAAAAAUCCCGAAAUGAUUAAUUGUAUGUAUUUGGAAUCGAUGAUGAACAUGCAAUCGAAUCCGAAUUAUGCGACACUCUUUCGUGGCAGGCCGUUGAGAUUUGUCUUGCCAUUGGCAAGUAAGGCGAAUGAGACGGCGAAUUGUGAACAAAAUCGUCAAAUGGGACGAAGACAAAGGCUAAUGAAAUCGUUUACAUUGUCGGGUAUCAGUUCAAGACUGCAACAACCAAAACUGAAACGCUCCCAAACGGAAUAUGAAGACAUCAACUUUACUGUGAAUAAUAAUCCCGAAAUCGGCAAAGAUGAUUAUAAUUUUACGGCGAAAAACGAUAAAUAUGAGUGGUCUGAGAAUUUGAUUACACUGGCGAAUACCAAAGCGGAGGCGUAUCAUACGCAAAAUGGUCCCAUAUUUGUAAGGCCGGAACUGCUUUGUGAUCUCGGUUGUGAAACACCACGCAUAAAUUAUGAACGUUAUUUAGCUAAACCUUAUCAAUACUUCUACGCGAUAAGUUCAGAUGUGGAUGCUGAUAACCCAGGAACGCUAAUCAAAGUCGACGUCGUUAACAAAACCUGCCUGACAUGGUGUGAAGAUAAUUGUUAUCCCAGUGAACCGAUAUUUGUGCCCGCUCCAAAUGCCCAUGAUGAAGAUGAUGGAGUUAUAUUGGCCUCUAUGGUUUGGGGUGGAUUCAAUGAAAAUAAGGUCGGGCUAUUGGUACUGUGUGCAAAGACAUUUAUGGAAUUGGGCCGAUGUGUUUUCCAUACCAAUGGGCCGGUGCCGAAAUGUCUACACGGAUGGUAUGCCAAGGAUAUUGUGUAGUUUGCAGAGACUUGAGAAAUGUUGAAUAUGAAUAAAGUUUAAUAAAGUUGAUAUUUUCAUACUUUAAGAAAUAAAUCUAUAUAUAUAAAAAUCAA